AUGGGUGACGAGGAGCCUCAGGAAGAGGCUGGCUCCAGUCUGUCGUGGCAAGACUUACCUGAGUGUGUCAAGAAGGCUCUUGAUCAGGAGUCGCGACAGCCUUCUCCCGAGAUUUUGUCGAAUUUGUUUUCAGAUGAUUCAGACAUCAAAGAUUUUGUGGAAUCACUGGGACUUACAAUGGGCUCAGCUGAAUGGUUCAGUGCAUGCGAGAUUCUUGAAAAGGUUUGCGCUGAUGUAUCACCGGCUGCAGAUCGUGUCGUGAGGACAAGAGCUGUGCAAGGUCAGCUGGCGCAAACGUCCUCAUCGUUUUCGGCUGGGCCUCAGCAGCAGCUUGAAGUAAGCACUGGAUGGCUUCAGACAAGGGCCGGUGCAAAGCGGUCACUUACAGCGUGGCCGUGUCGGUUGGCCAAGAAACUUGCCUUGGCCAAGCACGAUCGUGCGAGGGCCGAUGCUGAGGCUACUGAGCUCCGACGCUGGAGGCAGGCUUUAGCGAAGGAGCUGAAAAGGGCUGGUAUGCCGGUGUGCUCAAUGGCAAGUUACGCCCUUGAUAGCCAAGCUGUACUGGAGGCGUCAGCAGGAACGCUUAGAGCGUCCACUCUAAGGCGGCACGUGAGGGAAUGGUCCAAGUUUUCGGCAUGGUUUUUCGCUGUUGAGGGGACAGUGUUCCCCACGCAUCUGGGCAUCUUGAUGAAUUAUGUGGAAGAGCUGGCGCAGGAACUUUGUGCCAGGACCAGGCUACAGUCUGUGCUCUCUGCAGUGAUAUUCUUCGAGAGGGUCGGAGGAGUCAAGGCCGAGGCCUCCAUCUCUUCUCAUGUCCUGGUGCGGAACUUGGUUCGGGUUCGCACUGCUGAGCUUGAAGCGGGGGCGCCGCCGACAAAGCAAGCUCCAGCAUUGGCCCUCAUCAUGGUCAUGUCUUUAGAGGCUGUGGUUGUGAAUCCUGCGCAUAAGAAGUUCGUCAGAGCGUAUGCGUGGGCACGGCUAUUGAAACUAUGGACAUCUAGCAGGGCCAAUGACCUUCAGGGCAUUCUACCAGAGCAGAUGACGAUGUCUUCACAAGGACUACGAGGAGUUUUCGAUAGAACGAAAACCUCGGGAGCUGACAAACGCAUCAGAUGGCUGCCGUUCUUUGUUUGCAAGGAUGCUUGGCUUUUGCAUAGCGAUUGGCUGGCUGCAGGAUAUGAGAUCUGGGCUUCUGAUGGUUUUGCCUUCUCCAGGGAUUAUCUGGUGCCUCGGCCUACAAAGGGGCUGACCUCCUGCCUGCCAGUUAUGGCGAGCUAUGUGGAUAUGUCAACGAUGUCCAAGCAGCUCCUGUGGGAGCUAAAGCGGCCCGAGUUGACCGAGGCUGGGAGUGUGCGUCAUACUGAUGUUGCGCUCUUCGAGGUAGGUCUUGAUGAUUUGUUUCAGGCGCUACAGAGGGCCGGUGUCGAGAGCUCGGUGCGUGACAGGGCUCUUGACCUCUUGCGGCCGUUGGAGGGAACGAUCAGUUUCUUCAUCACGCGUCUUGAGGGCCUCAUGGAGCCGGAGCCUGCUUCAGAGCCGUCUGCUGAGCUUCACGAGAGGGAAAGCACAGAUGAUACUUUCUUGCUGCUUUCUGACCAUGUGUGGGAGCUAGAGCAGCGGGUGGCAGUUCUGGAGCGGCGACUGAUUGCGGUCGACCCGGUGCCUAGGGAGGACCUUCGGCGAGAGAUCACAGGGAUCUCACGAGCCUUUUUCGGGCUGGCCGAUAGAGUAUCGGGCCUGGAGCUUCGUGUCACUGAGCUUGUGAGGGCGCUUCGGAGUUGCUUCGCAGGAUUGCGCGGCUAG